UGCGUGCGAUGGGCAACGAAAAUAUCGGUCUUUUCGCCUUGUGCUGCACAAUUCAAAAUGAGCUUGAAACUUUGAAGUCUUAUAAUAUGUCUCCAAUUAUAUGCUUCUUUAUGUUCUGUGUUGACCAACGUUGAAAAUUUGUUUAUUGUUUACAUAUGCUUUUUACGAAGUCGACAAGGAUUGGUAAAAAAUGUCUGAUAUUUUGGAUCUUCACUUAAGGCAUUUUGUAAAGGUUAAAGCCAAGAGAAUAAAAUCUCAAUUUGUGCAGGACGGAACUAACUGUGAACAACUGACCCUUGAUACACAAACUAUCACUUACACUAGUUUGGGAAAUUUAUUAUCUCGAAUCUUCAACAUUAAAGGGGAGUUCACGGUCAGUUUCAAAAAGGACAAGGUAUACAUUCCUCUGACAUCUGACUGGGAUUUGGAUGGAGCAAUUUCUGAAGCCUCAAAGCCUUAUUUAUCUUUAGCAAUAGAACUGCAACCCAUAGAUAAAAAUUUAGAGGAGUGGGACAUCAUUUGUCCGGCAGAUAUUCCAGCAAUGGGACAGGAUGCGAACCGGUGUUGCGAGGAUAGGAAGAGUCUUGCAGGAUCCAUUCUUAGUCAGAUGGAAACUGCCUUCAACCGAGUCCAACGAGCUUUCAGUGUCGAUUCGUCUAUCGAAUCGUUAGGAAGGCCUCCAAUGGAUGAAAGGGAAUUUAGAAGUUUCCUAGACAGUGAAGGAAGGGUAGUCAACCAUCGAGAUCUUCACAUGGCUGUAUAUAGAGGAGGACUAGAAUCAUCAUUAAGACCUGAAGUUUGGCCACACUUGUUGAAUGUGUAUCCUCAUGGUCUCACAACAGAAGAGAGAAAUGUAUACAUGAAUUCAAAAUGUGAGCAAUACUACAACUUGAGAUUUCGCUGGCAGCAUCUUAUGCAAGCUGGAACUAUUCCAGAAGUUCUACAAGACAUUACAACCAUGGUACGAAAAGAUGUUAGAAGGACUGACAGAAAUGAAAAAUUUUACUCUGGAUCUGAUGACAACGACAAUGUCAAAGCACUUUUUAACAUUCUUACAACAUAUGCCGUUAACCACCCUAAUGUUUCUUAUUGCCAAGGCAUGAGUGAUUUGCUCUCCCCAAUAUUAUACAUCAUGCAAAAGGAAUCGGUUGCUUAUGUCUGCUUCUGUGCCCUUAUGAAGAGAACGCAUACAAACUUCAGGUUGGAUGGCCGAUCCAUGAAAAUUAAAUUUCGCCACCUGCAAAAGAUGCUUAGGUUUUAUGACCAAGAACUGUAUUUGUUUCUAAAAGACCAAGAGGCUCUGGAUCUCCUGUUCUGCUAUCGCUGGCUGCUCUUAGAAUUAAAACGUGAAUUUCCAUACAAUGAUAUGUUGAACAUGAUGGAAAUCGUUUGGGCUUCCUUACCACCAAGACCGCCUCAUAAUGAACUGGAUAUAUAUGAUGUUAAAUUUCCAACAGCUGCCAUUUGUAGCACUAUACAAGAUAAAAUGAAUUGCGAAGAAUAUGUAAAGUUAGACGAAGAUUACUUCGCGUUAUCUAAGAACUCUUACUCACAAUCCUUUUUUAGCAACACUAUUGAUAAAAAAGUAAAAAAAUGGGAACGCCGCGUCAGGCGGGAAUCCAUGGCCAGAAGCAAAGAAAGCGAUGGUUCGAGUGAAGAGGAAAUUCGGAUACCCGUGCACUACAGAAAAAGAAAGUAUCGCUCCUACAUCGUCGGUAAACUUAACAGAGUAAACUUAACAGAUGUGAAGAAUUCAGAGUUUUCUAUCAAAUCUUGCAAAAUUCCGGCCCGGAAAAACUCUAUUAUUCCAGGAAUCUGCCAAAGCUGGACUUGUGGCGAAUUUGAGGAAAACAGAGAAGUGACCGAAGCUCUGUGUGAUGCCAGGGAAUUUUUAAGGGUCCAGUGGUGCUACUCGAAUACCAUUAAUGAAAUACAAUUGAAUAACUGGUUGAACGGAAAGAAUUUUGAAAUUACACAGUGUGCCAUUAACAACAAAGGUACUGAUACUAUCAUAAACGAUGCUAAGACGCGUCAGAGACACGGCAGCAAUGAUUCCAAUUAUGGCACUAUUUCUGACGACUUGUCCGAUACUGAAGAUAUCUCAGAAAAGGGUUCACCACCCCUUCCACGUAGGACUCCAAGCGAUGGAUACCAAUCUGAUGAAGAAUGCAAGGAAAUCAUUCUAGCUGAUGACGAAGAUGAUGAGUAUGAUGAUUAUGAGGAUUACUCUGAUGAAGAUGAUGACAACGAUUUCUUGGACUCGAUGGCUGGAAAGCAAUACUUGGAGGUACAGACGUACUUUGACCGAAAAAGAGAUAUGUUACCACCUCCUCAUGAAUUGGGAGAUGGCAACCCAUAUUUGCUGUUUCUUUGUCUCUCCAUGAUACAGUCCCAUAGAGAAGAGAUUUUAAAGAAAAAUUUUGAUUUUAAUGAACUGGGUAUAUAUUUCGACAAGCUUGUUAGGAAGCACAGAUUAUCGAAAGUAGUCAGCAAAUCACAGAAAAUGUUCAGAGAUUAUUUAAGUAUGGGUUGGGAUGUUGAAGACAAGGGUGUUCGCAGUUGUGAACCUGAUAAAAAACCUGUUGUACCCUGAUGAUAUUGAGUAUUUGAUUCUGCUUGACCUUAACCUUUUUUUUUGGAACAUGUUUUGCCAAAGUACGAUCUAGAAAUAGUUCUGAGGUUUGAAAAUGAAAAAGAUUUCAAAAAAAUUUAGUUUUGUAACUUUGAAAAACAAAAGUGAUUAAGUUUCCGUUAAAAACUCUUCUUUAAUAAUUAUAAUAUGCCUGUGUGAAUGAUUUAGUCGAAUUUUACUAUCAAGUAAUGAUUCUGUAUUUUCAGCUAUAUGUGCAGCAAAAAUCAUUAAUCUCAUUUUUGUCGGGAGGAUUUUUAUCUACUAUAUUAUCGUCAAGUUCUGAAUACAUUGUGAUAAAUUCUGUAUAAUUUGUACAUAUGUGAUUUUUAACUAUACAUUCCAGAUUGUGUUAAACUGUUGACACAUGAAUCCAUGUUUUUCUUUUAAUUUUUGAGUGAUAAAAUACAAAUGUGAUAAUGUCCAUGAAUUGCUAGUAAAAUAAAUCAAUUUCAUGUUGUUGAAUCUUUUCACUGAAUUACCAUUAAGAAGCGUGAUAGGAAACAACUUACAUUUUAAAGACUGUGUUUUUAAUUUCUGUUGUGAAUGUUUUUAUUAAUUGUUUUAAGUAACUUAUAAGUGUGUAAGUGUGCUGGAAUUAUAAGAAUGGAGUAUAUUAAGUGCGCUUGUUUCUGAUGUAAGUCCUGAGAAUGAAAUAAACUCUCAAUAUCUCACAGCCUAUUAAAUUUCAAAAUAAAAUAAUUUUCCUUUCUUAACAUUUUAAAAUAAAUAUACAUUUAAAAUUAUAAUCUAGAAUAAAUAAAAAUAAUACUUUCUUUUAAUAUUUAACCAAUAUUUAAGCAUAAAGCGAAGAGCACAUGCAAUCACUAAAUUUCAUGACUUGAUAACUAUUUAUUUAUAAAUAUUAAUUGUCGUGAAAAAAAUUUCAACAGUAUUCUGUAAACUUUUUUUUUUGAAAAUUACAUUUGUAAAUUCACUUUUUCAAAAAAAACUUCAAAAUUUCUUAAGUAGAAUUCAAUAAUGUUUAAAUUUUAUUUUCCUUUGUAAUCUUCUUUAGAAUCUUCUUUUAAAUUUUAUGCCUAUGUGUGUUUUUCACACAAAUAUUUACGAUGUUGAAAGGAAAGCAAAAUGCGUAUUAGCUUGGUAAAAUUCUUUCAUUUUUUUUGUUAGGAAAAUUCUACAGCAUCAUGAAAAUCACGAAAAUUGAGAACUAAUUCUUAAAACAGUGGAGGAAAAUCCUCCACCCCACCCCUUGAUUAAAAUAAAACUAAUGAUUUGGUUUAUGAAGUCAAAUUUAAAUUUUUAUUUUGAAAUCAUCACAACAUGACAAAUGACUUAGUAUCAAAAAUUACUAUUCCAAAUAAAUUUCAAAUGUUGAUUUUGAUUUGCAUUUAUUUAUUAAAUAAAUUUGCUUAACAUGUACUUUUAGCAAGCUUUUAAAGCUUGUUUAAAACACAAUGUUAAGUUCAAUUAAAUGAAACCAAUUUUUCUUAAAACUUUUAUCAGUGAAAUGUGGUAUGAGUUUUCAAGCAAUUAAGUCAGUAUAAUUUAAAGUAAAAAAUUUUUCGAACUUGGUAAUGUGCUAUAUGGUGCACACAAAAAGACUUUUACGCCAACAGACAAGUUUUUAAUCACCACUAAUUGAUUAACGUGAGAGUUUAUUGCAUUUUCUAAUUAGUAUGUUCAAAUCAUUGUAAAAAAUCACAUGUAUGACUGGAUUAUCAUUUUUUUCAUAAUCAUCUCAUUUAUUACUAGCAAAUUUGUACAGUUUUUAUUGAACUUUAUGAAGCAUUUCCCUAAGCAAAGUUUUUUAUGAAAUUGCUUUGAAGCUGUUAGAGUUGUGUGAAAAUUUUACAAUCAUUAAAAUAAAAAAAAAUUUCUUUAUUGUAUCA